AUCGUUGUCAGAUUCACUUCAUGCUGCGGCGAUCCGUCUUCAGUGGUAGUGGGCGAUGGCGGAUUCCUCGAAGGUAUAGCAUCGAUGCGUUCCUUGAAUUUGAGCGUGAAAUGGCUAAAAAGAAGCGCGCGGCAAGUCCACCGCAACCGCCGGCCGCUCGACGUCUGGUGCCUCCAACAAAGCCUCUGGACAGCGAAUGCUGCAAUCUGAACUGCCCCAAUUGCGUGCUGCUCGUGUACAAUGAACAAUUGCUCGAGUACGAAGACAGCGUUCGAUGGGAAGCUCUGGCCACGUCAUCGACAGAUGCCUUUAUCAAGCAAUUCCAAGCCACGACACCACCCCCACCACCCGAUGUGACGCUUACGUGGGCGUCCCCGGCUCAAGCGUUGCACCUACACGAGCAGAGUGGCAUCUCGUCGUCGACGCCCGUGCCGCCACGUGGAGUGCAUCCCCAUCCCGUGAUUGUGCACCAAGUGCUAAGCGAAACGUCAUCUCGAUCCGUGCAUCACAUUGAGCUCGACAUUGCACCUCAAACUACGUACGACACGGCUGGCAACUGCAAUGUGCACUUGCCAAAUGCAAACUCGGUCGUCACCCGGUGUUUGAAAAGGCUGUCGAAUCGCCCCACGACCACCAGUUUGGUCCAAGUCCUUCCUGGCCACUCCAAAACAUACUUACCCUCGAACGAAUGGCUGUCGCUGACGUCGCUUUUCACGUGGUACGUUGACUUAUCAUCCACGCCAACCCCCCGCCUCCUUCGACACUUGAGUGGGUACGCCACCGCCGCGCCCGACCAGACAAAGUUGGCGCAAUGGGCCACAGACAUACCUCGAACUUUGUCCUUGGUCGAUGUGCUCGAAGCGUGUCCGUCUGUCGCGCUCUCUGUGGAAGCCUUACUCAGUCUCGCGCCGCCACUCGUCGUCCGCAGCUACACGAUUGCAUCGUCGCCCAAGACCAACCACACGUCCGUCGCGCUGACCGUCGCGGCCAAGCCGCCUCCUCUGGACGGACGCUGCUCGACCCACUUGGCGUCCACGACGCCGUUUAGUAGCACCGUCUUUGCGUCGCUGGCCCCUUCAGCCUUUAGCCAGCACUGGGGCGCGCAUUAUCCACCGACAGUGUCACUGCUGUGGAUAGGCGCGGGCACGGGCGUCGCGCCCUUUCGCGGCCUCAUCCAAGAGCUGGCCCUCGUAAAGAACCGACCGAAAGUGGCGCUGUACGUGGGCUGCCGGGAACCAAGUUCGGACGAGUUGUACCAGUGUGAAAUGCAAACUGCACUUGCAACACAAGUCCUGUCGGCUUACGUUCCCGUGUACUCCAACCACCCUCCGACCUCCCACACUCAAGAUGGCCCUUGGCAUGUCGGGGCCAAACUCAAACAAGACGCUGCGACAGUGUGCCAGUACCUCGAGCAUGGGACAGUGUAUGUAUGUGGGUCGCUGGCUAUGGGUCGAGAUGUCAAACUGGCGCUGGUGAAUUGCUUGGAGAGCCAUCGCGGAUGGUCAGUCGACCAAGCCAAGGCAUAUGUGACAUCGCUUCAACUCAACGGGCGGUAUGUGGCCGAAGUGUGGUGACCACAGUUUCGUAGUAAGUAGUACUAGUAAUACUAGAUUAAACCACCAAACUGGUAAUCCCAUCGACGACGCGUGGCUCGCAGAGAUCUUCGUUGUUUUGGCUCGAAACGCUAGAUUAAGCAAGCAAGUAGCGAGUAGUCGGGUCUUCUUGGCGAUGUCGAAGCUCCCGCAUCAUGACCACGGUCAUGGAUACACACCCACUAAACAUGACGGCCGACGCCACCCAAUGCAGUCCGUGCGGCUUCCACCGCCGGUCCGUGGGCACCGCCGACAUGGAAGUCGUCGGCACGGCACACGGCCGCCACUCGCGGGCGAACGCAAACGUGUCGUUGAAGACCGUCCACUCACACAAGUCUACUUGGCCGUUUUCAACGUCAUCUGCGACAAAGUACGACACGUACAAUCCGAGCAGAACGGAAGC